AUGGAAGGACUCAGCGCAAGCGAGAACCGCGAGCUGGAGCAGCGCAUGCAGAAGCGCCAGAUCAAGGAGUUUCUCGGUCUCUUCAGCAACCUAGUAGACCACUGCUUCAUGUCGUGCGUCGACGACUUUACGUCCAAGUCGCUGUCGACGCGCGAGACGGGCUGCGUCAGCCGCUGCGUGCAGAAGCACAUGGCCCUGUCGCAGCGCCUGAGCGAGCGCUUCCAGGAGCACAACGCCCAGAUGAGCCAGCAGGGCCCGCCGCCGCGGUAA